CGCUGGCCUAGACAGAGGGAAAAGCAGGAAUAUCAUCUCAAUGCUUCUUAGCUGCCGUCCUAGACAAGUGACAUUCUUCCUGUGUAAAUGAGUGCUAGUCAUCCAUCUGAAUCAGGAGAAAAGAAGGCCUCACAUUCAGGGAUACAAGAUGGAGGAAACAAGAGGAGGAAGUGAUUGCAGACAAUGUGGAUAGCCGGAGUUUGAUCCCCGGAUCCACAUUUGUUGUGGAGGGGCAGAAACCUGAGCCAAGGAGCCCUUUCUCGGGGGAGAGACCGGGAAUUGUCUGUCUCACCCUAAACGAAAUGCUGUGAGUUUCAAUCUUUCCACUACCGAAGAACUCCGGCCCUCAUUGAGAAUCAGUUAAUCAGUGCGGCUUCUGAGUGGCUGAGAAGAUGGUGCGUGAACAGUACACCACGGUCACCGAGGGCACUCACAUAGAGAGGCCCGAGAACCAGCACAUCUACAAGAUCGGCAUUUACGGAUGGCGGAAGCGCUGCCUAUACCUAUUCGUUCUUCUCCUGCUCGCCAUCCUCGUCGUGAAUCUCGCUCUCACUAUCUGGAUUCUGAAAGUGAUGUGGUUUUCUCCAAUAGGAAUGGGUCACUUGCACGUUACAGCAGAUGGACUUCGCCUGGAAGGGGAGUCAGAAUUUUUAUUUCCGCUGUACGUCAAAGAAAUACGCUCAAGAGUGGACUCAUCUCUACUUCUGCAGUCAAGUCAGAACGUGACAGUCAGUGCUCGAAACUCAGAAGGGGAGGUCACAGGCCGGGUGAAAGUGGAUGCCCAGAUGGUAGAUGUCCAGAGCCAGCACUUUCAGAUCAGUUCUGAAGAUGGCAAGCCUCUGUUCACCGCCGAGGAGCAGGGCGUUGUGGUCGGCACAGGCAGACUGCGGGUUACAGGGCCAGAAGGAGCUAUUUUUGAACACUCAGUGGAGACACCUCUUGUCAGAGCUGACCCAUUUCAAGACCUUAGGUUAGAAUCACCAACUCGGAGUCUAAGCAUGGAUGCCCCAAGGGGGGUUCACAUUAAAGCUCACGCUGGGAAAUUGGAGGCCCUUUCUCAGAUGGAUAUCAUCUUACAGAGUAGUGAUGGAGUGCUGGUGCUCGAUGCUGAAACUGUGGGUUUGGCCAAGUUGAAGCAGGGGACACAGGGUCCCUCUGGCAGUUCUAAUGGGUUCUAUGAGAUCUGUGCAUGUCCUGAUGGGAAGCUGUACCUGUCUGUGGCUGGGGAGGCCACCACCUGCGAGGAACACAGCCACAUCUGUCUCUGACCACUGUCUCUUCUGCAGCACACCUACGAUGUCUUGAUGAGAUGAGAGCUGUGGCCUCAGCCUUCAUGGAGUUAGAGGGCUCACUGCUAAAACACGUGAAAGCAUAGAGGGAACUAUGUGUCCAGGGAACUGUUGGGCCCAAACGACCUGGCUUCAGAACAGUACAAAGAAAUGUCAGGAAUGUAUUCACUGUAUUCAUUUUUCUAGCCUCCUCCAGAUCUCUCACGAUGAACUGCCAUCCGGAAACAAUUUAUUGUACUCAAUGGUAGACGUCUGUCUCCUCCCAUACGUAUGGUUGGCUGGCAGAUUCUAAAAUGCCCCAACUGUGCACACCUCUUCCUUUAGAUUAAACCUCAAGUGUUCCCUUCAGGUGAGUGCAAUGUGUCAGAUUUCACCAAGAGAUCUCCAGGGUUUGUAGGGAAUUUGAGGUUGAUGUGAUUUUCAAUGAAUUCCCUUGGUGUGGAAAGAAGUUAAGGAAAGAAAUUACACAAAUUUACUCAUGCUUUUUAUAUAAUAUUUAUGAGCAAUAAAGAUGGCACUUUUCCAGA